CCUAGGGUUUCGCCUUCUCCUUCAAAUCCCCUUUGGCUCAGCUAGCUUGUUGCUCGCUCGCCUCGCUCUCACGGUACGCGGAUUCCCCCCGCGGGCGCCAGUGUUGAGGCAUUACUAUCUUAGGCUUCUAUUUGUUUAUUGGGCGUUCGAUGGGGUAGUUGGGCUAGAAAUGCUGCGGUUUAGUUCAGGGAUUUGAACAGGAGCGAAGUCUACUAGGAUGUGCAUUCGCAACUUUGAGACUAAAUCGCAGCUUGGCAGCAAUUCCAGCUACCGGCCCCUGUUUUUUUUAACAAUUCAGUACACACUAUAUGGUACCAUGCUUCUGUCAGUGAUCUCAUUUUUUCUUUUGGUAAUUUUAUCCAUGGUUGCCUAAUACAUGAUAUGUAAUGUAAUUCAUCCAAGGGCAAGGAUAGGUACCCUUAUCCUGUAGGUUACCAUGCAGUCCGCCAUUUCUCUGGGAUAUCGUACGCCAUGGAAAUCCAACAGGGGCCCAGGGGGCCGAUAUUCCUGGUCACAUCCACCGAAGGAGACUCAGCGACAGGGGAGACCCCUGAUUUCGCUUGGAAGAACCUCCAGAAGAAGACUGGGACUAAAGUCAGGAACUUGCAGAUAAGAAGGUCCUUCCCUCAGAAGAUUGAUGGUGCUGAGCUUUUUGGGUUAAAAAAUGCAUCUGUUCAGAGAUUGCUUCGUGAGCUCAUAGUAGAUUCAACUGGAGCAGUUGAACUAAACCUACCUCGUGCAGUUUCUUCUGAGGAUGUUGUACUGUUAGCUCACAAAGAUGCAGCUGAUGUUUCUGAGGCUGAAGAUCUGCCUGUUUGCUUGGGCACAGAAUGUGAAACUGCUAAAAGAAGUAUUGAGCCAAGCCAGUUGGAAAGCCCCGCUAAGAAGGUCCACUACCAAGACAUGUUUACUUCAGUUGAUAAUUGCAAUGUAUCUACUCAUAGAAAUGCAAAUGAACGAGGUCCUGCAGGUACAGCACUGUUGGAAAAUGUAUAUGAUUCAAGAUGCACGCUUCCAUCGCUGGAAGAAGUCCCUGGCAAUUCAAAAUCCACUUCUCUUGAUGAUAAUUUGGGAGAGCCUUCCCCAGUUUCAUCUGAACAAGUUGGUUUAUCUUCUGGUUCUUAUUUGAGCUCUGAAAAGACUGAUCUAGAAUUGGCUGAGAAGGAAGUAGCAAAGUCUAUGAUGUCUAUUUUGCUUCCCCAGGCUAUUCCCCUUCUCAAGAAAUUUAACAAAAAGAAGAAAUCCAAGCGUAAAAAGAAAGAAAAUUCUACUGUUUCAGUGAGAACAACUUCAGCUCACAAUCCAUCUGAUGAUCGCUGCCAAGGUUUAACUGUACCUACAAUUAUUGGUGAAGGUGUAAGUAAAAAUAGUUCUGGAACGUGUGACCAUGGGGGAUCUCAUUGUGAAAGGGUUAAAAAUGGCUCUACUGAUGAUGACUGCAAAAAUGUGUUUAAAUUAGGCAAGAUGAAUGAUUUUGUUGCAGAUAGUUUUGAGGAUGAUGCACAGAUUUUGGGCGAUAACACAUCCAAAUCCAUGUAUGUUCAUCAUCAUGAGUCUGAUGAUGCAUGCUCUAGGGGACCUAAUGAGAACUCAAAGCUGCUAUAUGGCAAAACUGAAGGUCAUGCUAAACUUUAUGAGUGUCAGGUUGGUGUACAUGAUGGCACAAAUGCACCUGAUGUUGUAUAUGAUCAUGAAAAAGGUCAAUAUAUUUUGUCUGAUUCACUCCUUGCUUGUCUAGAGGAAGAGUUUGGUGGGGAAGAUAGUUACCACCCUGCAAACUACAACCAGUAUAAUGGUGAUGUUGAAAAAAUUCAAUUUGAACAGCAAUUUAAUGACCUUACAAAUGGUACAAAAAAUGGCUCAUCAGUUUCAAUAGAUGUUUCAUACCACAAUAAAACUAGCAGUGGAUCAGUUGAUGUUUCUGCACAAGCUUUUGCUAGAAAUGGUUCAGCAGUUUUAAGGAAUGGAGAGUGUUUAGCAAAUGUAUUGCCUCCAGUUCAUUCUAAUACAUAUAAUGAUGCUGCGAAGUGGGGUAAGCAUGAUGUGAGUUCAACUUCAAUUGCCCCACCUGCAUGUGAGGCAAACUCAUCUUUGUUGGACAUGCAGGAUGAACAAGAUCAUACUAAAGUGCCAGCAAUUAAUCAGAAGGAAAAUAGGCUCCAUGGUGUAAGCUAUAAAUGUAAAAAGUCUAAUGGUCUUUUUCAGAAGAGUAAUACUAGUUGCCAUUCUGACAAUGUUGAGUUUUUCGACAAAUAUGUUGCUUUUGAACCACCAGAAAAAGGCAGGCAUUCUAAUGAUGGGUCACAAGGAGUAAGCACAACUAAAGUGUGGCCUGUUGGUGAUCGACCUGAAGCAGAUAAAGGAAAUGUGCUUGGCAAAGUGGAAGAAUGUCAGGCUGGAUGUAGAAAUGGUAAUAUGAAGGCGAUGUCUGUCAGUUUGGAAAGCAAUAUUUGUGAACGCAUACCUCUGAAGGGUGAAAAUGAUGGUUUUCAUCAUCAACCGGGUCAUACCCUUUCUGUCACUAAUCGUACACAUGGGUUACUAUCUGAAUACACAAAAGCGCAAUCAAGCAGAUCAGGUCAUCACCUAGAGCUUGUGGGAUGCUACCUGCACCAGAUGCCUGUCUUGUCUAUCAUGUUAAACACUAAAAAUCAUAGCAGCUUAUAUAUUUAUGUAUUCUGUGGCCUUCUGGAGAGCUGCCAAAGGUUUGUUCAUGUUUAUACUGUCAGUAAAGACCAGCAAGAUGCACCACCGUGUUUUGUUGGUUACACUCCCCUUCUACUUCCUUCCUUGGAUCAGUCUUGUACAGGAAAUUUUUCGUUCGGAAGAUCUGGUUUACAAUUUACACCUGAUGGCCAGUUUCUGGUCCUCCUGAGCUGCAUCAGAAUACCUUUUUGCAGGAUGCAGAACAUUGAUUGCUUGUGCUCCGUUUGCAAGUUGGGCCAAUGCGAGGAUAAUUCUUUGAAAAUCGUAUCCGUUAACUUGGGUUAUGUUUCACUUAUAACCAAAUUGAUGCCUUACGGGACAGCGUCAUGCAUUUUGAUCUGUGAACCAAAUUACAUUGUAGUUAUUGAAGACAACAGAAACUUGCAUAUCUGGAAGAUGGUCAAUGAUUGGAGCGAGAUAUCUGAGGAGUAUGUGAUUCCUAGUUUGGGUAAUAUGGGUCCUUCUGUACUGGAGCUUGGAAGAAUGCCAAAAAGCAGCUCUCUUAUUAUUGGCCAUGAUGGUGCCGGUGGCUUUUAUUUGUGGGACAUCUCCAAGCGCACACUAUUGGCAACUUUUACAUCUGCUGGAAACAUUGUCUUCCAGAUUCUGCCAGUAGGUUUUUGUAGUUUGCAGGACAUUAUUCAUGCUCCAGUUGAUGACAUAGAUAAGAAGCUACGAGAGAUUGGGAUCAGUGGCAUGUCCAGAAAAAUUGACCAGGAUCACUUUAUGAUGCCGCCAAGAGAUGAUAUAGGAGUUUGGGUACUGAUUUCUUCUGCUUCGGUAGCUGAGUAUCAAUAUGAUCUUCGAACCAAGGAGCACAAUCCGCGAUGGAGGCUCGCUCUGCUAGCAAAGAAAAGAGUUGUAAUGGGAAAUAUUUUGGAUACAAGAAUUACUGCUUUAGAUGCCUCCGGUAACUAUGGAUUUGCUGGAACAAAUGGUGGCCUGUUGUAUUUGUGGGAAUUGUCUUCUGGGAGAAAACUGAUUGGUGUACAGUGUUUCAACCGUGGGCCAGUCUCCUGUGUUGCUGUUGAUGCCAAAUCAGGUGCAGUGGCAGUGACUGACGGUGGGUGCCAGGUAUUACUUUACACUCAGGACAAGGUACUAACUGAUGCCGGGGCAGAUGAGCACAUGUUUAGGAUGGACAAAGUAACUGCUGCGGCAAGCUAAAAAAGUUUUGCUAUUGUAUAUAUGUAUAGCUGUAGUCUGCUGUGUGUACAAGGUUUUGGUUUAUUCUGUACUUAUUCUGAUCUCGGCACUGUGCACUGCAGCAAGUGUAGUCGUCUGUUGUAAGUUGCCCCCUGUUAGAAAUAUGUCAUAUUUUGUUGUAUCCAUGAUGUAUUAUAUGUUCAUUGAAUAUUCAUAAAAGGCAAUUUAUAUUGAUUGGCAAUUAUGU